GUCAUUUCCGGUUGCUCGUCCUUAAUCCUGAUUGAAAUUGACUUCCGGUAAAACAAGCAGCCGGCUGUGUCUGUGCACUAAAUCUUCGAGUACACUUAGAAUUUGUGGCUCUCCCUUCAUAACACCGACUGGGAGAAACAUUUACUUUAUGGAAAGUUAUUCGAUUAGCAUUGGAGCAAGAAUAUCCGAUGCAAAGGGACGACCUUGGUUUUGCCAUGUAGUAAAUAUAAAUAGUCCACGGGAACAUUAAAAUGUUAUUCAAAGUUAACAUUUAACAGAUUGUUGUAUUUCGCAUCGUAAAACAUGCUUAUCAAAGAAUAUCGCAUCCCUUUGCCUUUGAGCGUGGAGGAGUAUAGAAUUGCUCAGCUGUAUAUGAUUCAGGUAGGAGGGUAAUAUCUCAGGGAUAUUACACCGUCGAACGAAUCCUCAUGGGAUUAAUACUGUAACUAUAUAAUUCUUUUUAAAUAUUAACCUGGUAUUAAUAUGCUUCCCUGGGGAUUUUUGUUGAUCUCUGGUGUGUUGUUGUAAAGUAAUUGAAAAUUUGUUAAGAAUUUUUCGAAUAUUUUGUUCUUGAAUAUGUGUUGUACUGUAGUAUUGCUCGUAAUAUUAUUUAAAAUUAUUCCUGUCAGCUUAUGUCUAUCAAUUGUACAGUAACUGGUUUUCAAAACUAUAAUAUCAAAGGCAAAUGCGGUCAAUUUUGCUAAUAAGGCAUAUAUGCAAUCUGAAGACUUAGAAUACUGCGAGAGACCACAACCAGACACAAACAUCCACAUAUUAGCGUUUUCAUAUCAUCUGUUUUGUCGCCAAAAACAAAUAUGCUCGUCGAUGAAUGAGCUGUUUAUCAGACAGACAGACAGACAAACAGCAACGUCGCGAUAUUCACUUCAAGAAAGCUUUUAAGGAAGUUUUUUUUUAGCAAAGACAAUUUAAUAUAAGUCUUAGCACAUUUUAAUAAAGAUACGACAAAGUUUUUGAUCAGUUUCGCGCCAAACCGCGCCAAAUUUUGCAACAUUAGGGUGUUAUUCUAAUAUGUCUAAUAUGCUACAUUCUACAAGUUCGUCACAUAAACAUUGUUGUGCUAGUGUCUAAUGUCAGGAGAGUGGCUUGAGUCUCGACAUUAAAGUUUAAAUGCACUCGCUUUUGGUGAAUUAUCAUUACAAUGGAGUCCGAAAAUAUAUUAAAGCACUUGAAAAUGAAAGCGAUGCACGGAAAACAUGCUUUGUUAACGAGCCAAUUGCAUGUAUUGAGGUACAUUUUCCUUGCCCCCAACUUUCAAACUUUAUAUAUCAAUGUUAACGUCGCUAAACCGUCAUCAACGUUAUGCAGUUUAUUUGUGCACAGUCUACAUACGGGUUUAUAUUGUCUUUCAUGCUAACUUUUGAUAACGAGCUCAUAUACAGCAGCUGUACUUUUACAAUUUGCAAAUUAAAUAGGAAUUGAAGACCAUUAACGCUUUAAUAGUAGCCGCAUAAAAUAUUUCAAUAUUCGCUGUGACAAGUGUCACAUGUCAUUUAGCACUAAACUCUUUAUGAAACCAGGAAAGUAUAACAGUGACAUAUCUGCAACAGUUACACCAGCUGCUCAGUACAACUACUCGUGCCUUCCACCUCAAAAUUUGAGCUCAUACUGUCAUACAUAAGGCUGUUCUCUGCAUGAUCACAGUAGGAAUUUUGCAUAUAGGUAAAUUAUAAGUUUUGAAGGAUUUGUAAGAAAUGUUUGAGGGAAAUGAAAUGAAGCAAAAUUGAGUCAGCUAGUUCCCUCAAACAUUUCUUACAAAUCCUUCAAAAACUUACCUAUGCAAAGUUCCUACUGUGAUGACAGAAGCUUUGAUAGUGUAGACCAGCCAAUAAAUGCAUAACCCAGCUGGUGUGUCCCAUUCUGCCUCUUACUUCUUCUCUGACUUAUGCCAGAUGAUUUUACUUGGCAUAGAGAGAUUGCAUGUUAACUUAUAAUGCUCAACACUUGUCUCUCAGUGAGUAGAAAACAUGUAGGAAAAAACUUGUUACAACCUUGUUACACAGCUAUCAGUCAAAGGUUUUUGAACAUUAUUGGUGGAGGGGGUUGCCCCCUCCCUAUGAAAUCGGUGAAGAGCAUUUUGGCCUGAGAGGUAUUUCAAUAAUUACAGAAAAAGAGUCGUCUUGACAGCACUGGUGAAGGGAGUGGUGUUGAGAUCAUCGAGAACCGGCCAUAUACAAAUGGUCCAGGAGGUUCUGGCCAGUAUACCAAGAAAAUUUACCACAUUGGUAACCAUAUACCUGGGUGGUUGAAAGCAAUAGUACCAAAAUCUGCCCUCCAGGUGAUCGAAGAGGCAUGGAAUGCUUAUCCUUAUACCAAGAUGAAGACCACCUGUCCGUUUGUUGAUAAGUUUUAUGUCGAUGUCGAGACAACAUACUUGCCUGAUGGAGGAUCUACGGUGUGAUAUCUUUUUUCUUCAUAUUAUGAGUAAUUGGAUUUGCACUUCAGUCCUCUGUGAGUUAGGCCUGUUUUCCACUUUGUUUGUAUGAAGUGACCAAGUGACUCUUUCCUUUGUUGGAAUCACUUAUCACGUCAGCAAAAGCAAUCAGGAAAAAAGAAAAAGUCACUUUGUGCAAACAAAUUUGCCUAAUAGAAAACCGGCUUUAGCACACCGGCCUUAACACACCUUAUAUCCGGGCCCUCAGCCAGACUCGGUCCAACAGUUUAAUUGUCACUGUAUAAUUGUCAUAGACUAUUAAAUGUUUUUUAUCCUUUAGGAAAAUGUUUUCAAAUUGUCCCCUGCACAGCUUAGGAACCAGACAGUUGGUAAUGAUUCGCUUAAAAAUAAUGUUCAAUCAAUUUUUGCACAACAUUCAUCAACCUCAAGAACUAAUGAAACUAUUAUUUUUACAAUUUUCAUUCCCGCAACUGUUUAGAUUUAAUUGAUCCAGUGAAGGAUCCCGUCCCGAGCAGUCAAUAUUCCGAGGAAGAGGACCCGUUGUUGUACGUUUCUAAGAAAACGGGCCGAGGACCGCUAACUCCUGAUUGGCUGAAUCAACCACAACAAUCAGUCAUGUGUGCUUAUAAAAAGAUCACAGUUGAAUUUAGGUAUUGGGGAAUGCAGGUACAUUGUUUACUGUAUAAACAAUCAUUUUAGAAUGUGAAAACAUGGCCUAACUUUGUACUGGGUAGUUCUUUACUGUUUUUAUAGAGCUCCAGUAAAGGUUACAUUCAUACAUACAUUCAUCUCUAAUUUACAGUGCUUAUUUUCGUUCUAUUGCUAUAUUUACAAAAAGUUUAAAUUUACUAAAAUGUGCAUUUAAAUUUACAUUUAUCCUGUAUUAGUCAAGUGUUGUCUUAAAUUUACAUUUAUCGUGUAUUAGUCAUUAUAUAGUGGGUUAUUCUGCAUUAGUCAAGUGUUACUUUGAUCCAAGAGGAAAUCUAUUUAUACUGGAUAGCUCUGUCUUGAAUUUGCUGAUACAUGGCCUUGAAUGUCCUUAAAAAGUCCUUGAAUUCGACUCUUUUUGACAUGUAAAAACCCUGCCAUUAGUUUGCGGUUGUUUCCAAAGGCAUGGAUGAGUAUGACCUUGUAUUAACGUCUUAGGGUAAAAUUGAGCAAUUUAUUCACGACGGUCUACGAAAGCCGAUGCUAAUGGGUCACCGUCAAGCGUGGGUGUGGCAAGAUGAAUGGUAUGGUCUGACGAUCAGUGAUAUCCGCGAACUGGAGAAAGAAACACAGCGAAUGCUAGCGAAGAAAAUGGAGAACGUUUCGAAUCCAAAUUUAAGCAGUAUGUCAAACGAGGAUGAUGAAGGAACAUUAAAACGCCGUCCAUUAAUCAAUUCGAACGGACGUGGUUCGACUAUUGAGCUGUUGUCACAAGAGUCGAUGGAAGCAAGCACUGUCGAGCAAGAUGAAAGAAAGUCUGAUAUCACGUGGAGUAUCGGAAGCUUUAACAGCAGUGACACUGAUGAUGAGUUUUUUGACGCUGAAGGUAAGUAAGAAUGACCUUUAAGAAAGGUAGAAUGCCACUCCACAGGGCUUUCAAAAUAAGCCAGGUGGGGUUGAACACUUUAUAAGCUCUUGUGUCAUUUCAUUUCUUACAGAUAAUUUCAACAGUGAGUCUUCAAGCGAAGAAAACAAUGAAUUAUUUCUCUCUGUAUCGAAAGAUCUCGAUCGAAACUCUCACUCUGGUGGGAGUGUGGAUUCACUCGACUCCGAUGCAGUAAGUUUCAAAUAUGAAGUCAUAUUUUAGAUGAAACUAUAUACUCGAUCGGCAGUUUUAAACUGUUCUCCCUAGAGGUCCAGUAAGGGUCAUCCUUUAUCAGUCCAAUGCUCAAUCGGUAGAUGGCACCGUGGAGAAAUUAUGAUCACACAGUAGGUGAUUCCAGCUAUAUAGACUAAAUUUUGAUCAAGCCAGGCAAGAAGAACAAAAUCCAACCACUGAAUCCAACAUCACAGCUAGAAAGAGCGUCUUAGAAUGAGUAAAACUGCAAAGAUUGGUUGCUAAAUGUUGUAAAAUGAAGAAAAUAUAGCCCUGUGAAGUUCGCAAAUUUUGUAUCAAUAUUUGUAUUACUCGCGGUAAAAAUAACCACUUUCGGCUCAAAAAUGAUUAUUUUUCCCGCGCGUCAUGCAAAUAUAUACAAAAUUUGCAAACUUGACAGGGCUACAUUUUCCUCAUUUUACAACAAUUCCUAACGAAACCUUGCAAUUUUACUUACUUUAAGAUGCUCUUUCCAGCUAUGGUAAUGGAUUUCGUUGUUCUUGUCUAGAUUAUACAAUUACUUUAUGGUUUCCGCGUUUGGAUGGCCUGAUCCAAACACGCGGGAAUGUUGCAAGAGUUAAGAAAAGCGAGCGAAACACGAGCCGAAGGCGAGUGAUCUUGCCCGCUUUUCUUAACUCGAGCAACAUUCCCAAGUGUUUGGAUCAGUCCAUCCAAACACGGAAACCAUAAAGUAAUUGUUUUAUAAAAUAACAACAACACGGUAGUCUUCCGUGUUUGGAUGGCCUGAUCCAAACACGGCUUUCGCCAAUCAGAAUACGCGUUAUAUACAUGUUAUUUUAUAACAAAAUUUCGUCUGCAGCUGGAGUAAUCCAUUGCAUAUUGCAAGAAUCGAAUCACAGCCAAAGAGGUAAAACUAUAUAUAUUGUCCAUAUCUCGACAUCAUUUCUUAAUUUUAAUCAGUCCUCCCAGGAUACAAACGAACGCCGAUUUAAAAAGAUACCCGUACGAAAAACCGUCAGUGCAAGCAGUUCGAUCUCGACAGCCUCAUCGUCAACCUCAACUUGUCGUGUUAGAGUGCUUCUGCUUAUCGUACACGGAGGAAACCCGCUGGAGCCCACGCCCGACAUCAAGUCCAAAGAAAAUGACUGCGAGAGACUGAGGCGAGAGUUUCAGAACGUCAUGGAGAAUCAUUAUAAGGAGGGUCUGGAACGUAUCGCGUUCCGGUUGGUCGAAUGUCCUCACGUGUUUAAAGAUGUUUUACCAGCGUUGAAGGAUAUCACUCCGCAGAUGACGGACGAGCGUACAGGAGGUGAGUUCUUGGAAAUUUGUAUACAUACUGCUUUCUGAUUGGCUACGCAUGGACCCAUAAUCAAGUUCUAUUGGUUGAUAUCAAUAUAACAGAGCGCCUGAUGGUCACUAACUUCAGAAAUGAUAUUUUUGUGUGUUGGUGUUGUGUACUCAGGUGAAUAUGAUGUUUGUGCGAUGGGUAUCGAACCCGCGACCUUUGGGAUACUAUAGAUUCUCACCGUGGUCAGGUAAACUUUUCAGCUUGCCCGGUGUGGAUGCACACUCAGAGUAACAUCACAAACAUUCAGAAAUUUUGACAUUACAGAAGCAAGAGAAUUAUACAUCUCAAGCUUGUAACUACUCCAUACAAUGAAAACAAUUACCAUCAUUUUCUCACUCUGAUAACUGCAGGUUGAUCACCAUCUGCUGCACGAUAUGCUUAGUGAAAUCCAUGUAUCGUUAUUUUAAUAUUAGACUCUCAGCCAUGUCUAGCUUCAUUCAAUUUUCCUGUGUCGUCGCUCUCAAUUCUGGCUGCAUGUUCCAGCAAUUUCUCAGAAAUGGUUGAUGCGACCAUUACCAGAGCGAAUACAGUCUAUCGAGAGUUUGUAAAUUCUGAAACUGGAGCUGGUUUUAAUGGCGAGGUGAGUUUGCGCAAUAGUGUUGUUGUGACUGUUGUCGUUGACAUGUUGCUGUUCUAGUUGUUGUGACUGUUGUCGUUGACAUGGUAUUGUUGUGACUGUUGUUUGUGUAGUUGCUGUGACUCUGUUGCUGUUGUAGUCGUUGUGACUGUUGUUGUUGACAUGUUGUUGUUGUCAUGUUGUUGACAUGUUGUUGUUGACAUGUUGUUGUUGACAUGUUGUUGUUGACGUGUUGCUGUUGACGUGUUGUUGUUGACGUGUUGUUGUUGACAUGUUGCUGUUGACAUGUUGCUGUUGACAUGUUGUUGUUGACAUGUUGUUGUUGACAUGUUGUUGUUGACAUGUUGUUGUUGACAUGUUGCUGUUGACAUGUUGCUGUUGACAUGUUGUUAUUGACAUGUUGUUGUUGACAUGUUGUUGUUGACAGGUUGUUGUUGUUGCUGUAGUCGUUGUGACUGUUGUUGUUGACAUGUUAUUGUUGUUGCUGUAGUCGUUGUGACUGUUGUUGUUAGCAUGUUGUUGUUGCUGUUGUUGUUGCUGCUGUUGUAGUUGUUGUAGCAUUAUAUACUAUACAACGUCCCACAAUAUGUUUGUUUAGGUAUGUAUAGUGGGCGACUGUGUCGGUGCGUUGCUAGCGUAUGAAGCGAUGUGCCAAGAAAAUUGGAGCAUUGGUAGCUUCGAAACAAACCCGUCCAAUCCUGUCAGCCCUAUCUCAAAACAGGACAAACAUUUUGACAGUAAAUUGAGUGUAAGCGAUCAUUCUAUGAGAAAGUUACGUCUAAGUAGCAGUGACAUAAACAUUCGUGAUCCACAAUAUGACCCCGACAUGGACUUCCCUAAGAGAGCAUAUAGCAUAGGAAGCAGGAAGAGCGCCUCCGUAGAGGACGGUUUGGAUGAAACGUAUGCGGUAUGCAUUCCGUACAAAGUUAAGAAACUUGAAUUUGAUGUGUCCAAGUUUUUUGCCUUCGGUUCUCCUAUUGGCUUGGUUCUGCUACAGAAGAGGCUCUCUGCGUUUUCUGAUAAAAUGAGUAAGUGUUUGUAUUCAAAUUUAACAAGUGGUUAGCGCAUCCGUGCCAUUCCUACAAUAUGCGGUUGUUUGAUUAUAAUUUCACCCCAGUCGCCAUGUGAGAAGAGUACACGUCCAGUUUGACCUUUAGGGAGAACAGUUUAGAACUGAUAGAGCUAUUCACUAUGACAAAAGUUAGAUUAGUUUGGAAUAACAUACUGUAGCAUGGUCAUAUAUCAUACCUUUCAAUUUAUCUUGCAUUGAUCACUUUAGGUGCACCGGUGAAACCAGCCUGCGGUCAGGUGUACAACUUAUUCCAUCCCUUCGAACCUCUCUCAGCCCGCAUUGAACCACUCAUUCUGUCCCAGUUCUCUCAAGUAUCGUCCGUGAACGUGCCCCGUUAUCAAAAAUUCCCACGAGGUGAUGGCGUGUGCAGUGACGUCACGGCCGUGAUUGGCGGAAGACCGGAAUUAUUUCGGGAAAAGCCAAGACAAGGCGAGAAGACUAAAGUGGGAAGAACUUUCAGUAAUAUGAGUACAUGUAGUACUGUGUCUUUGGAGCAACUGGAUUUCUCUGUCUCAGAUGCAGUGAGGGAAGGUUAGGGAUAUACAAUGGCAAUGAUGAUGGUUGAUGGGUACUAGGGUCAUUUUAGGAUCACAGCACUUAUCAGUUCUAAACUGCUCUCCUUAAGGCCCAUUUCGACUCUAGAAAAUUUUCCUCGGAAAGAAAAAUUUGUAAAAUGUGAUCCACCAUAUUUUCUCAUGUACUCUCCCAUUCUCUAGGUGUGCAGAAUUGGUGGGGAAACGAACGAAUCGACUACGCUUUAUAUUGUCCAAAAAGUCUACAACAACUACCGCUGUCAGUUUUGUGCCCGCUGUCGCACAUCAGCUACUGGGAGUCGAAAGAUGUUGUCGCGUUUAUGGUUCGUCAG